AUGUCCGACGCUGAAGACUUUGAUAUUGCCGGCUCCUUGGCAGUGAGGUCGGACGAAAGUGACUCUAGCAGCGAAAGCGAGGGCGAAUACCAGGAUGAGAUUGUCUCCCUGGAUGAAGAAUCAAACGACGAUAGCACAAGUGCAGCGAAACCAACCAAGAAAGCCAAGCUCAAUAACAAACAAGCGUUUCCGAAAUUAGAGCAAUCCGACGGGGAAGACGAAGACGGUGGUGGUGACGACGACGGGGAAGACGAAGACCAAAACGUCGGCUUCUAUUUCGCCACUAGCAACCCCAUCGCCAAGAAAGCCAAAGCGGACUCAUUUGCCUCGUUUGGCUUGUCCAAGUUCUUGCUCAUGAACAUCGCCAAGAAGGGAUAUAGGCAACCUACGCCUAUACAGAGGAAAGCCAUCCCGUUGGUGAUUGAGAAUCGAGAUGUUGUCGGUAUGGCGCGCACGGGGUCCGGGAAGACGGCCGCGUUCGUGUUGCCCUUGAUUGAAAAAUUGAAGCUGCGUAGUCCCGGCGGCGUGCGUGCCGUGAUCCUCUCCCCUUCGAGAGAGUUGGCGUUGCAGACGUACAAGCAAGUGAAGGAGUUCAGCCACGGCACCAAUUUGCAGUCUAUUGUGUUGAUUGGUGGUGAUACGCUAGAGGAAGAUUUCGGUAAGAUGAUGACGAAGCCCGAUAUCAUCGUUUGUACUCCCGGUCGGUUCUUGCAUUUGAAAGUGGAGAUGCAGUUUGACUUGAUGAGCGUGCAGUAUAUCGUCUUUGACGAAGCUGAUCGAUUGUUUGAGAUGGGAUUCGCUGAGCAGUUGAAUGAGUUGUUGCUUGCGUUGCCCCCGAAUAGACAGUCGCUCUUGUUUUCAGCAACGUUGCCGCGGUCCUUGGUUGAUUUCGCCAAAGCGGGCUUGAACAACCCGGUGUUGGUGAGAUUGGACGCCGAGUCCAAGAUUUCAGAAAACUUGCAAAUGGCGUAUUUCACCACCAAAAAGAACGAGCGUGAAGCUAAUUUGCUCUAUAUACUUCAAGAGGUCAUCAAGAUGCCGCUUGGCACUGCCGAGGAAAUCAACAAGUUGGUUGCCAUGGACAAGAGGGAGAUGGAGUCGGAUGACGAAGACGUGGCCGACUCCAAUGGCAAAGAUAGAAAAAAACGGAAAUACAAAUUCAAAAAGGAGAGGAUGCCCUCGGCCAACCAGCUUCCGUCCGAGCAGUCCACGAUUGUGUUUGUUCCAACAAAGCACCAUGUCGAGUACGUCACGAGGCUAUUAAGAGCAGCCGGCUACUUAGUUUCCUACAUUUACGGUACCUUGGACCAACACGCGAGAAAAAGCCAGCUUUACCAGUUCAAAAUUGGCUUGACCAAGAUCUUGGUCGUGACGGACGUGGCUGCUAGAGGUAUCGAUAUCCCCGUUUUGGCAAACGUCGUCAAUUACACCUUACCGGGCUCAUCGAAAAUAUUCAUCCACAGAGUUGGUCGUACCGCGAGAGCAGGUAAUAAAGGGUGGGCUUAUUCGAUUGUAAAUGCUAAAGAAUUGCCAUAUUUGCUCGACUUGGAGUUGUUCUUGGGCAAGAAAUUGCUCUUGACCUCAAUGCAUGAAGCGAAAUGCGCAUUGCUCAGGAAGAAGCAAGGAGAUGCAUAUACCCCGCCUCGCGUCAAUUAUACGGAACGUCUCGUGGUGGGGUCGGUGCCGCGGUUGGACAUAGAAACAUUCCAAGAGUUGUACGAAAAUUUGCUUCGCAAUGAUUACGAAAUCAAGGUGCUCAAAGACGUGGCGGCCAAGGGUGAGAAGUUGUACCACCGCACAAGACAAGCGGCCUCUGCUGAGUCGCUAAAGAGAAGCAAGGAAAUAAUGGAGACAAACUCGUGGGAUGACCAGCACUUGCUCUUUGGUGAGAAUAUGGAAAAAUUGAAAGAAGAUUUUUUGGCAAAGUUGCAGAAUAGAAAUGUCAAGGAGACUGUUUUUGAGCUCCGCAAAAAGGGUGUUAAAGAGAACGAUAGUCUUGCUGAGUUUAUGCACAAGCGAAGGCGCCAGCUUGCGCCAAUUCAGCGCAAGGCCCAAGAGCGUAGAGAAUUGUUGCACAAGGAGAAACUAGCAGGCCUCUCGCAUGGUAUCGAGGAGGAGAUAUUGAAGACCGAAGAUGAGUCGAGCGGCUAUAACCACCACCAACAAGUGGAUGAAGAUGAAUUGCAGGACGCGUUCGAGGACAGCGAACAAUUGCAAAAGAGGAAAUCGUAUCGGGAUCCGCAAUUCUUCAUGAGCCACUAUGCUCCUCCCUCGGUGAUUCAGGACAAGCAAUUGUCCAUCGCGUCGUCCUUUGCCAACGACGCCCAAGCAGCUACAUUUGACUUGGACAACGACGACAAGAUACAAAAGAAUUCGCAAGUUAUGAAGUGGGACAAGAAGAAGGGCAAGUAUAUCAACUCACGGUCGACGGAUAAAAAGUACAUCAUCAGCGAAAAUGGGACCAAGUUGCCUGCGUCGUUUAGAUCUGGCAAGUUUGACGAGUGGAGAAAACAAAGAAACCUUAAGCCGACAACCUCCCUCAACGAGAAUGGUGGUAACAAUAACAACAACCAGCAGCAGCAGCAGCAAUUCAAGCACAAGAAGAGCACUGCUCCUAAAUUGCCCGACAAGUACAGGGACGACUACCAUAAACAGAAGAAGAAGGUCGAAAAGGCGCUUGAUUCCGGCAUGAGGGUCAAGGGCUACCACAAGCCGGGCCAGCAGCAAGAAUUGAAAACAACAGAGCAGAUACGCAAGGCAAGAGCACUCAAAGAGCAAAGAAGAGCCAAAAAUGCUCGACCCAGUAAAAGAAGGUGA